AAGCAAUUUACAGACAAAACACCCUACACAAUCAUGUUUGGACCAGACAAGUGCGGAAAUGACCAUAAGGUCCAUUUUAUCUUCCGCCACCGAAAUCCUAAAACUGGCGAGUUUGAGGAGAAGCAUGCUGAAAAACCAACAGUGAAGAUGGAUGAUUACUUCAAUGAUAGAAGGACCCACCUCUUUACACUAAUUGUGAGGCCAGAUAAUACUUAUGAAAUAAGAGUGGACAAGAAAGUGAUAUCUGCAGGCAGUUUGCUGACUAACUUCAGUCCGUCAGUGAACCCACCUAAAGAGGUUGAUGAUCCAGAUGACCAGAAACCUGAAGACUGGGAUAACAGGGAGAAGAUUCCGGAUCUUGACGCCAAGAAACCUAUUGACUGGGAUGAAACUGAGCCAGAGACCAUCAUAGAUGAGAAUGCUCUGAAGCCACUAGGUUGGUUGGAGGAGGAGGAGAUGUACAUCCCAGAUCCUGAUGCGGUCAAGCCUGAUGACUGGGAUGAUGACAUCGAUGGAGAAUGGGAACCUCCUUCAAUGGACAACCCCAACUGCAAAAACGCGCCCGGCUGUGGAAAGUGGGAACAACCCGCAAUUGCCAACCCCAAGUACAAGGGAAUCUGGAGCCAACCAAUGAUUGACAACCCUAAUUACCGCGGAGAAUGGAUACCGAAAAAGAUCCCCAAUCCAAAUUAUUUUGAGGACAGUAAUCCAUACAACAUGACACCAAUUCAAGCAGUCGGGCUCGAACUCUGGUCUAUGACUGACAACAUCCUCUUCGAUAAUUUUAUCAUUGCUGACAAUGCAACUGUGGUUGAGAAGUUUACAGCCAUCACCUGGGAUGUGAAGAAUAUACAGGAGCGACAUGCAUAUGCUUCCUUGGGAUUAUGGGAAGCCAUUAAGACAUCAGCAGAAGGACGUCCAUGGCUGUGGGUCAUCUACACCAUGAUCCUUGUUGUGCCAGUUCUUCUGCUGUUUAUAUGCUUCUGCCCUAGGCCUGGAUCCAGCAGGUCGAGGGAUGUUGUCGCUUAUCGUAAGAAGUUUGACUACCCAAUGCCGGACGUGCGAGAUCCUAUAGGAGUAAUUAAAGAAGAGGAUGAUCAUGCUUCGAAAGAAGUGGAAAAGGAGCAGCACUCACAGGCAGACCCAGGAGCUGGGGAGGGGAAGGAUAUAGGACAUGCUGCCACAGACUUUGGGGCAGAUGCAAACUUGGUCAGUCUGAAUGAAAACCUG